AAACGCAAGCAGAUUGACACAGACGAGAGGCAGAUCAGUCGGGACUGACGAAGACACAGUCGGACAACGACAUGGAGAAUAUUUAUCCACACUUCACUGCGACAACACUCCUCUGCUUCAUCCUUCUGAUUCCGUUUCAAACAUUGGCUCAGACCAUCUGUUCAACUUCCAGUCGAAGUGUGCAGUUUCCAGAAAACAACAUUGAAGGUGACGUUGUUGUGACAAUACAUGUUGAGGAAAAUGUGACCCUUGAAUUUAGUCCUCCGCCUGCAAACCCAAACAACCCCUUUUCAUUGGAAGGAAACAACCUGACAGCUGCAAAGGUGUUUGACUAUGAGACUGAAAAAAGUAUUCCAGUAAAAAUCACAUGUACAAAGACAUCCACAGGGCUGCAGACACCCCUCGACAUCAUUGUAGUCAUUACUAAUUUGAAUGAUAAUGAACCCUACUUUGAUCAAAAUUUGUACGAUACUGAAGUCAAUGAGAUGGCACCUAUAGGGACCACUGUGGGUCAGUACGCCGCCAAAGACUUGGAUGAACCGCCCCUCUACUAUACACUCAAAUCUGAAUCUGAUUACUUUAGACUGCAGUCACCGACUAGCGCAGUUAUUCUUGUUAAUGCACAUCUUGAUUAUGAUGAAGUCAAAAAUGUGCAGCUGGUAUUGGAAGUUCUGGACACACAAGCGCCAGAAAUUUAUAGUGCCACCACAACUAUUGCAGUCACUAUCUUGGAUGUGGACAACAGACCGCCAUGGUUCCAGCCAUGCACCCCACAUAACAUGGGCGGGAGUGUGAUUUGCCAGAGUACCGGCUAUACUGGAUUUGUUAACCUUAAUGAACAGGAUCCUGGAGUGUUACCACUGAAACCAGGACCUCUGUACGCCAUUGAUGGAGACUCUGGAAUAAAUGAGGAGAUAACAUAUUCAUUCCUAAAUGGAAAUGAUGCUGGUCUAUUCAAGAUCAACUCAAACACGGGGAACAUUACCAUGCUGAAGCCAGCUGAUGUGUUGGGGACGAUCACUUUGACAGUGCUGGCCAGUCAGAAGGUGAACACUCAUCAGUUUGCCACCACUACCAUCACAAUCAGUGUCCACGUCGAAAGCUUACAUCCCCCAAAAUUUCAGAAAGAUCAGUAUGAAGGAGUCAUCUCUUCAGUGGGUGCCAUGGCGAUAGAUCUGACAAACAAGGACACGCCACUGCAGAUUAUUGCCACAGAUGACGAUUAUACUGCCACAGCGGGUCUGAAUCCCCACAUCACUUAUUCCAUUAAGGGGAGGAGUGAAUUCUCCAUCAUUAACGGCUUCUUAUUCAUGACUAAGGAACUCCCAGAGGAAACCCUGUCCCUGGAAGUAUUGGCACUAGAUUCAACCAAUGAUGAAACAGCCACAGCUCAGCUGUCAGUGGAGGUGAAAUUAGGUAUCACCACCACCAGUUUACCUCAGACUACUACAGACUUUAUGACCACAACAACCACAGGUGAAUCUACAACCAGCACCAGCGUCUCAACGACCAGCCCCAGUGAGAGCACCACUAACUCAGCAACAUCCACUGAAGACAGUUCUUCAGCCAUUAAUCCCACUUUGACCCCUGAAGAAAGUUUCUCCACUCCCAGCAAGGCACCACCAGUCAUCAACCCAUCUGGUGAAUAUGGAACAGUGGAGAUGGCAGCACUGGGUGCAACCUUGGGUGCUCUCCUGUUAAUUUGUCUGGUGGUCAUUGGUAUGCUUGCCCAUCGCAUGCAGAACGGGAAGGCAGACUGGAAGAAGAUCUAUGAAGCCAACAUAUUUCGAAGCUCCCUGGGUCAAGGCCCAGGCCAAAAAGAGGGCAUCCAGUACACCAAUGAAGCCUUUCAGCGUGAUGAUGAUGAUGGAGGAAGCGCGGGCUCAAGUGGUCCAGAGACAAAAAGUGAACAGACACCAAAAUCAGUAUGGGAUAUCCCAACCAAAGAGGCCAUCGAAAGGUCUUCUGCACCACUGCAUGACCUUUUGCCUGAUGACACCAGUGAUGUAGGCUCAGAUAAGGCUGACAGCGAGAAGGAAGUAAAACCCAUCCUGACAAAGGAGAGGCGGGUGGAGGAGGGGUACAAGUCUGUCUGGUUUAAGGCAGACAUUGACCCCAGCGCCAAGGAGGAGGUGGUCAUUCUCCCAGACAACAGGGAGGACAGCGAGGAGGAAGAUGAGGAACCACCCUCAAGCAGCAAAAAACAUGAUGGAAAACCACAAAAAAACUCCAAGGUCUUGUUUGCUGAUACUGAUUUGGACAGUGGCCUAGGCGUGAAAAUAGAGGAACCGGGCGACAACUCAGAUGGUGACGAAGAACUGGACAUUGAUCUGUAAGCGUAGCAAAAAGACAAGAACAUGGUGGAAAGCACCUAUAAUAAAAUCGAAUGAUUUUUUUAUCAGUCAAGCACAUAAUAUUCAGCCUUAUCAGCCUAUUACAACGGAGCCAUCACACAGAACCAGCACAGCGUACACCUUAUGGAAAAAGAAAUUUCAAGGAUAAAUCAAAAGCUAAAAAGUUUGAACCUUUAGAUUUUAUCAAAAUGCAACAUAUUGUAGCAUCUAUUCUUAAUGUAAAUGUGUCAUAGUUAAUCAACGUGUCAUAAAUUCAUUAAAAACAUUACUAUAUACAUUAGUGAGGCAUUUGUGACUCAUGAAAUCAAUGUGGUAGAAAUUAUGGAGUGAAAAUCAUGGGAGCUCUGGUCGCCCUGCUGUUCGUUUAAUUAGAUUUUUUGAUUCACUAUGUGCCUUCAUCUUGUGCCCCUGUCAGUUUUAUAGCCCCUUUUUUGCAGUAGUGGUGUCAGUGAACAAUGAACACUUCUUUAACGGUUAAUUAUUAACUUGUAAUUUAGCCCAGGCUAGCAGAAAAAAAUGUUGUCAGAGGGAAACAGGGAAACAGCAAGAGAAAAACACACACAUUAUCUACUGUUACCGCUAGUGAUUAAAAAAAAUACUGCCAACUGAUACUGGAGACUGUAAAACAUUAUGACAGACACGAAAGGGACUCUGAACUUCAAUUAAAUAAUUAAACAGAUAUCAGUAAAAUCCAUCAGUGGAAUAUGUUGCUUCAAACCAAACUGGAGACCUUUACCCAGCCUUUACCUAACCUACUUACCUUUACCCAGCUCGUUUUAACUUGCAGGCCACAAAGAGCCUAAUUUGAUAUCAAGGGAGCCAGACAACCAAAAACUAUAAGGGCAUUUUUUUUAAAACAAUGCGUUCGAAUAGUUCACCUUUUUUUAAUGUAAAGAAGUGCAAGUACAUUUUUUUAAACUUGCAUUUAGUGAGCUAUGUUUUUGCAAGCCAGUGUCUAACAGCAUGUCUUUGGAAUUUGAUAUGUUUUUGUUUUCGUAUGGACUAAACACUUGUCAAAAUAUAGAAAUACAUAAAUUUCCUGUGUUAAAUGUAUGCAGCUCAAGUAAAAUUUAAGGAAACGUUAGAGAACUGUUUUCCAGUAAGGGAAGAAAACCCUCUGAGGCAGAUUUCUGCAUGAAGACAGUACUUACUGUUUAACUUGCCCCUGAAACUUGGCACUUCUUUGCCUUUACACACGCAUCAGUGUUAUGAAUGAAUGAACUGUGGAGCUGCCAGAAUGUCACUGAGGUGCUUUUGUUUGAGCCUGGAAGGCAGUUUUAUGGUUCAUUACAGAAAAAAAUGUUCACAAAGGUAAGUAGUUCCAAAUGCGUCCAAAUUUAUCCUUCAUUUUCUAAAUCACAUUCACAUUGCAUGUCCGUUACCUCAAGCUGGAUGUCGGUGGGCAGAUAAAAGCACUGACUGUGAAUAGUGAGAACAGUGAGCGAUCCGUCACAGAACUUCUUGUCAAGUUGAUCUUGGCAAAUGCCUGUUGCGUGUCGGAGUAUGCUUUUGGAGCCGAUGUUAUCUUACUGACAGUAAUAUGGCCAGCUUUCACAGCUGUAUCGCUAAUCCUUUUGUUGCUUCCUCAAACCUAUCAACAACUCAUCUUUUCUGUUCUCGGUUGGCCUUGUAAGUUGUUGUAUUUUUCGUGUGAUUUGUGUCAUAGUGUCACUUGAUAUUAUAUUCCUUGAGCUCUGUGAAUACAGCAAACAUGUAGGCUUUGUGUUUACUUCUGUGAAUAAAUAGGAACCAAUCAAUUUUCAUGAAAGAAUUGACAUUCCCUGUCUCCUCUUCUCCUUAUUGAUAACACAUUUUCAAAAGGCUUUCA